GCAGAAGAAGACGAGAAAUCUCGUUCGGCGUACGCUGCCUGAUCGUCAUGAGGUCCGGAAUCCCCAAGCAACACAGGCAUCCUGCCCCGUCGCCUCGCAUCAUAGACCCAGCACGCGAGGAGGACCACUACGAGAGCUCCGAUGUGGCCUUCUACGUGGGCAGCUUCCUCAUCAUGGCCGCGCUCGUGGGAAUACUGUGCGCACCCAUCUACUUGAUUGGCAAGCAGUUCGCCGUCGACAGAUACACCUUCAUCACGGACCAGGCGGAGCCUUCGGGAACGAAGGGUGUGGUUCCGAUGCCUCGACGCAUCUUCGUGGCUGAAAGCGACCCUUUGCGGCAACUGAACAGCAGCCAGAGACAUUUUCUCAUCCAGAAAGGGGUCACUACAAUGCAGCGCAAAGUGAUUGACGCGGGACACAUGGACAGAGGUGCAACGACGGCCUCCAAACAUCACCACGUGCCCAAGAACCCAGAGGCAGCGCACAAUGCGUCUUCAAGUGGCGGAAACCCCGUGCAGCUGCUGUGCUUCUUCGGCGCCACUUUCGACGGCCCGUGGCCCACGAGUCUGUGCAGCCACCUGGUUUACAGCGGCGCCAUUAUGGGCGCCGGCGAGGACUGGCUGCAGCUCGACACUAGGCCGGGCGCCCGCAAGGCUUUCAGCACCUUCCUGGCGCUGAAGGACAGCGCUGAGGGUGACAGCGCGAGGCAGUGGCGACUGGUGAUGGGCGUGCGCGAGCCCCCGACCACUUUGGGCGCCGCCGACACCACCGACUCGUGGCCGCUGGCGUUCGCCGGCCAGGGAAAAGCGCGCGACCUGGCGCGCCGUGCGGCCAACUGGCUGAGCAACCGGCGCAUCGAUGGCCUCGUCUUCCUCGAGCAGCGCCUGGACCCAGGCCGCAUCGACGCCUACGUCACCAUACUCAAGGAGUUCCGGACGGCGUUCUCGGGCAAGCUGCUGCUCCUGUUCAGCAUCUUCUGGCUGUACGAUAUGGAUAACAGGGUGAAGAGCCUCUUCUUGGAGCACCGCAUCAAAGAACUCAUCAGGCUGACGGACUUCACCCUGCUGGAGACGCACGUGCCGCCACAUAAGGAGGGCGAGUGCGUCACCUUCUUGCCGAACUCUUUCAGCCGCUCGCCCGACAGCAAUCGCCAGACGUUCACUAUGAACGCCGUGCUUGCGUGGAUGGACCGCGCGGCGUCCCAGGUGGACCAAGGCUCAGUGUGCUUCACGCUGACACUGGCGGUGAUACGGUUCCUGCUGCCGCUGAUGCACACGAGCUUCGGAGAGACCUGCCAGGACUUCUACCCGGUCUCGUACAUGCAGCACUGUCAGCUCUGGGAGAAUGUGCGUUUCGACAGUUCCAAUGCCGCGAACUAUGCUGAAGUUCCGGGAAAGGGUGGCUUGAGCUUUCACCGCCUGGAGGCCUACGACGACAUUGCAUCACUCGGCAUUAAGCUGGAGAGCAUCCUGUCGCAAUUCUCGCGGCUGUGCGUGGCGCUGGUACACGUGGACUUCGACGACUACCUGGGCGCGUGUGGCCACAGCAAGGGUCCCUUUGCGCGCCUCGCCUCGGUGCGCGAGGUGCUACGCCGGUUCUCCACCACAGCGCAAUUCUACGUCGACCUGAGAAGGCGCCGCCGUUGACGGGCAACCACACAGCCCCGGGAUACCAAAGAGAGACCACCCGGCGCCGUGUUUCCUGCAUGCCGCUCUCCUCCUACUUUUUGUCUUUCUUUUAUAUAAUCACAUACUUACUGGUUCA